UUCUGUGAUCUGUCAGAUUAUGGUCAGAUGUCACCUAAUCCAGAAUUGUGAUAAUUUUGCAAACACCUGAUUUUUUGGAUAUUUCUUUUCUUCAUAAUACUAUUCGUAAUAUUUUUAAUUAGUCGGUUACUUGUUUAUUUAUUCUUUUGUAGAACAUUGUGCUUUACUUAUCUUUUUUAUAGCUUUAAACCGGUGGGAAUAACACUGAAUUGAAAUAUUUUGAUACAAUAGAAUGUCUAACAGGAAAGAGAGCAUAAGGAGAGCUUUGGGUAUAUCGGAAUAUCCCUGGAGUUCCGAUGAUGAAGAGAAUCAUGAUAACCAAGGACAAGAUCCAGAGCAAGAUCAAGAUGCAUCAGCCACACCUCCUGAAGAAGUGGAGGAAAUUGAUUUGGAUGCAGUUAGAUCUGCUAGUUAUAGUGCACCACCACAAGCAGCUGUACAAAGAUCGCAAACAAGACUCGAAAGGGAACUUUUCUGGUCCAUAAUGAACAACCCUCGGCUACCACCUUGUGCACCGCCACGACCAUCUUCAGCUUAUGAUGUGCCAAGUGAUCGUGUAGACAUAAACUGUCCUGUGUCUAAUAUACAACGUAUUAUGGCGAUCAAGAAGUUAUCUAAUAAUCUCAACCAAUACAACAGGCAUCGCAGCUCACAUAACCGUCCUAGUACAUUAAGCAGCAUGAGAGUAAUCUACAACGACGCUGGUUGGGAGGGGGGGUCGUCGCCGGGAGAGAGAUUACGGCGAAUUGCGAGACGUCGGCUACCUGCUACGUCCAACAGAAAUUCUACGGAGAGAGUGAACGAACAAGGUGGUAGUUCGAGGCAAGACGAAGUUGCACCAACUGAAGAGCAAGAUAAUGCAGAAGAAAAUGCUAAUCAUGUUGUGGAUGUGACAGAGGAACCAUCGGAACAAGAGAGAUCAUUCUCUCCGCACGUAGAGGAGACGCCGGCUGAAAAUGAUGUUAUGGAAGUGAAUGCGGCUCUGAACAAUGUGAGGAUGGAGGAAGAAAUAGUGGAGAUCGAGCCGGAGGGUACCGCCAACGAGGAAGCUACUGCGAGUAAUGACAACGCACAGCAAGAGGAAAACAACGAGCAGCCUACAGGUGAGGCCCCACAGCAGGGCCGUAAAGUGAAACGGAAGAUCGAUGGUAGUUCAGACGAUGCGUCUGAAGCCACAAGUUUGAAGGAGAUUAACCAAAAACUGCUCCGGCUGCUGGAGUGCCCGGUGUGCCUGGAGUGGAUGGAGCCGCCGCUGUCGCAGUGCGGGCGCGGCCACCUGCUGUGCGGGCGCUGCCGCUCGCGGCUCAGCGUGUGCCCCAUCUGUCGCAGCACCGUCUCGUCCGUGCGCAACCGGGCUAUGGAGGCUGUGGCCGAGCUGGUGCGCUACCCGUGCCGGCACGGCUGCGGGCGCGAGAAGCGGCUGCGGCGGCGCUCGGCGCACGAGGCCAACUGCCCCUCGCGCCUCUACCGCUGCCCCGCGCCGCUCUGCGCCGACCGCGCGCCGCUGCCGCUCGCCGACCUGCCGCACCACUGCCAGACGCGUCACUUAUCAAUGCUGCGCAUGGGCCGCCGCCACAAGCUGGUGGUGAGGGUGAACAUGGAGUUGCACGAGAACUGGCUCGUGAUGUGGAACCAGCACCUGUUCCACUUGCGGCUGGAUGUGGAACUGAAUCGCGGCGUGUUCGUGUACGUCGCCUACAUCGGGCCGAUGGCGGACGCCAGGAAAUUCAUAUAUGAGGUGACGAUCCAGGGGCAGCACUGCGACCGCAGGCUGGCGUACUCGCGCGCGACGCACAGCGACCUGGAGUGCUCGUCGCUGAACGUGACGCGCAAGGACUGCUUCCACCUGCCGUUCGAGCACGCGCUCAACUACCUGCGCGCCAAGUCGCGCGCCUGCGAGACGGACAAGCCGCUCGAGAUCUGCGUCGAGAUCAAGCAGCGCGAGCCGCAGCCGCAUGAGCCGCACGAGCAGCUCGACGACACGGACUCCUGAUUGGAGUGCGUCGUGUACGUCAGCGAGGGCCGCGUCGUGCGCUACGAGACCUGCCCGCUGCGCGACUAGCUGGCGGCGCGCACGCCCCGCGCCCCGCGCCCCGCGCCCCGCGCCCCGCGCCCCGCGCCCCGCGCCCCGCGCCCC